UUUGAAAACUGAAAAGUCGCUCCUCUUGAUCUCGUCUCCCUUCCUCUCUAUAUAUAGCUCUCCUCCAUUCCUACUCUCGUCACUCUCAAGAACAACAAGGUCCUGACAAUUUCAAACCCAUUCUUUUUCCUCUCCAGCUUCCAGAAUCUCUCCGCGUUUACCUCGAUUUUUUGUCUGUUAUGGAAGCAGAGAAGCAUGUAAUGUCAACUCUAGAGCUUAUCCGGCAGCAUCUUCUCGGUGAUCUCUCACCGGUGGCUGCUUCUUCAUCAACUAACUUUAGCGGCAUCUCACAAUCCAGCUCCAAUUCCAGCUCUGACUCUCCGAUCACUGUACCUGAUUGGUUCUUUGAUUCUGUCUUGGAUUUCUGCACUGAUACAGUCCCUGAUCCCUCCAAAUUCCAAUCGAAGCCCGAAAUUGUCGACCUUACAACACCAAAACCCGAAUUAAGUCACGAUUUCUUUGAAUUUGAAACGAAACCGAAAAUGUUUUCAGAAGCCCUUGAUUUUUGCUCCCAAUCGAGUAACAACUCCUUCGAAUUUGAAUCGGAACCGGGAGUCUCACUGAAUUACAGUCGACGAAAACCGUCGCUGAAGAUCUCGCUCCCAAACGUAACACAAACACAGUGGAUUCGUUUCACAAAUCCGAAUCAGCCGCAAGUGGAUGUGGAUCCGGAGGUUUCAUUACAGCGGAAUUCAAAUGCUGUUGUUGUAAAGGAGGAGAGGCAUUACCGAGGGGUCCGCCAAAGGCCGUGGGGAAAGUACGCGGCAGAAAUCCGGGAUCCCCGCCGGAGAGGUUCCAGGUUGUGGCUCGGGACCUUUGAUACAGCCAUUGACGCCGCCAAGGCCUACGACCGUGCCGCAUUCAACCUGCGUGGCUCAAAAGCGAUCCUCAACUUUCCGCUCGAGGUCGGCAAGUGUGAAGCACGCGCUCUCAACACCAACGACGACCGGAAGCGGAGGAGAGAAGGUGAUAGUGAUAUGGAUGGGAGAGAAGUAAAGGCCGUAAAGUUAGAGGGAUCAGUGGCGCCAUUGACGCCGUCUAGUUGGUCGGCGGCUAACUGGGACAUAUUUAACUUGCCUCCACUGUCACCAUUUUCUCCGCACCCACCGUUGGGUUUUACACAGCUAAUGGUUCAAUGAAGGAUUAUCAAAUAAAAUUAGUUUUUUACCCUUCGGUUAUU